CCGGGCGGCCGCAGGAGCUCUGGGCAGCCGAGGCUGGUGACGCGGAUGCCCGGAGGGUGACUGCGUGCUUUUGAUCGCCGAUUUUUAAAGUCAGAGUCGAAAGAACAAACAAAACCUGGGGAAGGGUCAGGAAGACACUGCCGGAAAUCGUGGUAGCCAUAGAGACGCUAUCGGAAGUUGGGGUUGCUAGGAUGCCUGGGCGCUCCCGCUAAGCUGCAAAUGGCUGAAGUCCCGGAGGAUUAUGAUUCCGGCCCGGAUGAAGAUGAAUGGCCUGAGCCUAAGAGACCUGAACCGCCUGAACUUCGUAAAUUGUAUGAAAAUGUCGACCCGAACACCUUGGCAGAGGCAGGCCCGGAACCACCCGCAGAGAUUGACCAAGAGCCACAGCCAGACACCGAGGAAGAGGACUUAAAAGAGGGGGAGCCAGAGAAUGAUAAGAAUGUGCAGCUAAAACCCAGUAAGACAUCCAAGGGAGAAAGUCCCAAGAAGUCCGAGGUAGACCUAUCCAGCGAAACUGAACCAGGGAUUCCCCAAGAGGUAAAGUGGGAGAUAACCAGAGAGACAGAGCUUUUCAAAAAUUUGGAGGUCCCUGUGGAUGAAAAGGGUGAGGAGUCAGACCUAGAGCCACCAGGGGAGGCUAAACCAAACGUUACAGAGGACGCACUUCAAGACUCAGCUGUGGAAACAGAUACAGCCCUGCCAAUGGAAACCAUUUCAAAGUCCACAAUCAGUGAGACAGGUUUAGGGUUUCUAAAGGAAACAGAACCGGAGCUUUCAGAGGAAUCUCUUAGAGAGCAAUAUCAAGAGACAGGUCUACAGCCACCAAAGAUGACCAAACCAGAGGAGAUACCAGAGGAGACACAAAGAGAGUCAAGUGAGGAGAAGGGGCCAGAGCUACCUGAGCAGGCUAAACCAGAGUUCCAAGAGCAGGAACCAAGACAGUCUACUGAGGAGGCAGGUCUAGAGCCUCCAGAAGAGACUAAGCCAGAGAUUCCAGAGAUGAAAAGACAGUCAAGUGAGGAGAAGGGGACAGAGCCACCUGAGCAGGAUAAACCAGAGUUCCAAGAGCAGGAACCAAGACAGUCUACUGAGGAGGCAGGUCUAGAGUCUCCAGAAGAGACUAAACCAGAGAUUCCAGAGAUGAAAAAACAGUUAAGUGAGGAGGAAGGGACAGAGCUACCUGAGCAGACUAAACUAGAGUUUCCAGACCACAAACCAAGAAAGUCUACUGAUGAGAAAUUUCCAGAGCCACUACAGGAAGAGUUUCCCGAGGAAGAAUCAAGAAAACCAAUUGAGGAAACAAGUCUAAAGCAAUCAGAAAAGACCGAGCCAGAAGUUCCAGAGGAGAGAAGAAGAAAGUCAAGUGAAGAAAAAAUUCCAGAGCCUCCAGAGACUAGUCUAAUGCUACCACAAGAGAUCAAACCAGAGGCUCAAGAGGAGACACAAUCAAAGCCAACUGAGGAGAAAAAUAUGCAGUUACCAGAUGAAGCCAAACCAAGAAAGACACAUGUAGAAUUUCCCAAGGAAGACAGGCCAGAACCAGUCAAAUCUGAGUCUUCUAUAGACAAGUAUGAGCUACAGCACCCCAAGCAUGAAACAGGAAAGUUGCCACUAAGAGAAACUGAAGAAGUCAAAAAAGACUAUUAUGUGUUAGGAUCUCUCAGAGAUGAUGAAACAGAAUCAAUUAGUACAGAAUAUGAGUUUUCUCAAGAGCUCCAAAAACUGCUUAAAGAAAUCAGUAAAGAAUACUUGAACGUGAAUCCAUCAGAGUCCCAGACAGAAUUAAGAGAGCUCUUAAGUGAAAAAAAAGUUUCAAAUUUGUCCCAAGAGUCAAAAGAACUGGUACCUGAAGAUAAUGAAACCCAGCCAAAAACAACGACUGAGUUUAAAUUUGAACAUCUUGAUUGGGACUCAGAGAAAGUUGCAGAGUGGAUUAGCCAACUAGGCUUCCCUCAGUACAAGGAGUGUUUUACUGAAAACUUCAUCAGUGGCCGAAAACUCAUCUAUGUAAACUGCUCAAACCUCCCUCAGAUAGGGAUAACAGAUUUUGAGGACAUGAAGGUUAUUUCUCGGCACACUCGGGAGCUACUGGGAAUCGAAGAGCCAUUAUUCAAUCGCAGCAUCACACUUCCCUAUAGGGAUACUAUUGGCUUAUUCUUAGAGCAAAAAGGUCGUACUGGCAUAAAAUCUGACUCCUUGACCUUCCCCGAAUUUGUCCAAGCAGCAGGAUUACAAGAUUAUGAUCCACAGAUAACUGCCCCUGAAGAGAAUGAGGCAUUGCUUUGCACUGAAUCCUAGGGGAAAGCCAUUUCACUUAGCUUGAACGAUCAAACUAAGUUACUUAAGGGAACAGGUGUGUUCUUUUUUGGUUUUUCCUUUUCUUCUUUUCAUUAAGGAUUAGCUUUAAAACUGCUGGCUUCAUUCCUAGUUCUGUCUCUGACUCACAGCACCUUCCCUUUGUUUUUCAGUUUAAGUCCUCGUUAAAACAAAGGUAGCAAUACUGAUCUUUCUGGGUAAUUGUAAGAAUUGCUGAUAAAGUCUAGUAGUGCACCUGGUAGCAGAAAUAUGUUGGGAAAAUAUAAUUAAAAAUAAAAUCUCCUGCCAACCCAGAUAAUCCUCUCCACAAAUGCAGGAAAGAAACCAUUUUAUUCUUGAAUAAGCAUUAAAAUGUUUCCACAUCUUUGCAAAAAA